CAAAAGCCCCACUAAGAAGAAAGGCAAAAAAUAAGUCCAUAUGCUGUAACUUAAGUUGGCUUUGUCUUUCCAACCCAAAUAAAAUAUAUUUUUAUUAUAUUACUUAAAACAGUUGUGUGGUUAAUCGAAGUAGAAUAAAUUUAUUUCACGAAUAAUGUCGGGAGAGUUGAGUUUUCCUAAGGAUAAUCUCCUAAGAACUUGCUUUCUUAUUGCUGCUUGCGAACUGUUGCGUUCAGUGUAUUUCUCAUUUAGUUCAGUUUCAGUCAUGAUUUUGCACUCGAAUACGUAUACCAUAAUGGCUUUUUCAAGUACAGUAGCUUGGAUUUUCACUGUUAUUGCACUGUUUGUAGGUUUAUCAAAGGGGCGACCAACUCUGCUCGUAUUUUGGUUACUUUUCACUUGCUUUGCAACUGUUACGGAUAUUAUUUAUCUGAUAUGGAAUGUUACUUCGUCUCCCAUUUUUGAUGCGAAGCAUUUCAAGCACUGGACCAUUUCGUAUUUGGGAAUCUUUUACGAGGUCACUUGCCUGUACUUGGUAUUCAGAUACUUUAGAAGACUGUAUUCCUACAUCCUUUUGGAGGGCGAUAACUAUGAUGUGACCUCUAAAGGCACAGCAGAUUGCAAAGGCAAUGAAACUGAAACAGAAACACAUAGGGGGACCAGUCAAACGAGUACUGGUGGAUAUUAAACUAGUUUGGACAAAAGCGAGAAUAAGCUUUAUAAUAAAAAUCAUUUAUGUCGUUUCAAUAUGUUCAAUGCUUACUAAAAUAAAUUAUAAAUGUGUUUCA